CACAACUCAUCUGUGCACAUAUACUGUACUUUACUGUAAGUAAGAGCAAAUAAUGGAAUCAGGGACCUUUUAUGUAUGCAGAAAUGUUAAUAACAGAUCUGGACCUCGAACACAGAGUCGCUGCCAGGAUGAAGGAAAAGCUCAAAAGCAAAGAGGAAGUAGAUGUUUGGUGUUGAUGACAGUGAGUCUCGGGCUCAUUUGUGUUCUUCUGCUGGUCUUCAUCAUACAGCAGAAGAUCACCAUCACAGCAGAGAGAGACCUGAUAAAGAGUUACAAGAACACAGUUAAAGAGUUCAAUAAAACCAUCAAAAGCUUACAGAACAAUUACACUGAUCUAAUGAUUGAAAAACACCAACUGCAGAACAACUUCAGCUCUUUGAAGAAGACUUUGAAGAAACUGGAGCUGGAGACUAGAGUCACUUCUCUAAGUUGUUUUUUCAUGUCCACUGAGUUGAAGAACUGGUCUGACAGCAGGCAGUACUGCAGGGAUCGUGGUGCUGAUCUGGUCAUUAUCAAGAGUGAAGAGAAGCAGAGGUUCAUUUCUUCACUUACCACAGAGAGAGUGUGGAUUGGUUUGUCUGACACCGAGCAGGAGGGCAACAUGAAAUGGGUGGAUAAUUCAACGCUGCAAAAAGGGUUUUGGCUCACAAAUGAGCCAAAUGAUACUGGUGGAGAUGAGGACUGUAUUGAACUGAAUUAUAAUAGAGAGCAGUCGGGAUGGUCACCUGUGAACAGCUGGAAUGAUCACACAUGCUCAGAGAAGAAAAAAUGCAUUUGUGAGAAAUAGAGUUCAUCCAGUCUCAUGGUUUUGCUUCCAUUAUCAAAUGUAUUUGUUCUUAUUGUGAACGCAUAAGUUCUGUUUUAAUCCCUGCCUUUAAAAAAACAAUCAGCUGAUCUGAAAUUUGUUAGAAGGAAAAUGUAAAAUUGUCAUUAUUUUCUUGCUUUUAAUAAACUUCUGUUUAUUAAACUAAAUAAAACAAGUAAGCGUUACUCUAGCUCUAGAGUAAUGCUUACUUGGUUUAAGGCAAUCGGUUUGCAUGGUUUUAGCAAGUAAAUUAGAUUUCUGUUACUACUCUAAGUAACUUAAGAGCUUCGAACAUCCAUUAAAAAUUAAUUAAAAAAACAAUGUUCCAUUCAUAUCACACAUACAAUUACACAUACAUUUAAGGUAGUGACAGUUCAAAGUUAAAGGUUUUUUGUUUUUUUGUUGGUUUUCCAGUGCCAUUUUAAAUACAAAGCAACAACAAUUAGGAGUAGGAGGAUGAGUUUAAGUAUGGCACUGGGUUGGCUGCACACAUUGCCAGUGGUUUAUAUAAUUAAAGUUCAAAAAGUCACUUUAGUUUUAGGGUUUUUUUCUGUCCCUAGUCAAGCACCACACUUUAAAUGAACCUCCAAGUUUUUUCAUGGUAUUAGGGCAGUCCAACUGCAGCAGUAAUCCAAAAGUACCAAAUGACAGUUCAGAAGCAAACAGCUGAUGUAGAUUCUGGAGUUUUUUGCAGUACUAUCCCGAACAAUGACGGCAGAAGACACAGGGUCAAGGCAGAGAAGAUUUAGAGAAGUACAUAAUCUUCAAUGGUGGUCAGCAACCCAACAGAUACUACACUCUUAAAAAAUAAAGGUGCUUUAAAAGGUUCUUCACAGAGGAACCAUUUUUGGUUCCACAAAGAACUAUUCAGUCAAAAGUUCUUUAAAGAACCAUCUCUUUCUUAACUUUUUAUAAUCUGAAGAACCUUCUUUCACCACAAAGAACCUUUUGUGAAACAGAAAGGUUCUUCAGAUGUUGAAGGUUCUUUAUGGAACCAUUUAGACAAAAAAAGUUCUUCUAUGGCAUCGUGAAGCACCUUUAUUUUUAGGAGUAUGAUGCCCAGACUGCCUCAACAUCAGACACCUGUAUAAAAAACAAACAAAAACAACAUUAAGUAGGGAAAUGUGGAUGAUUAGUUGUCAGUGUUAUCUGUCCUGCCUACUCAGUAGUUCACCCAGUAUUGACCCAUGACUUUUGUUCAUUUUCAGAACACAAAUAAAAACAUUUUCAAUGAAAUCUGAGAAAUUUCUGGCCUUCUAAUGAAUGACUAUUCACCCUAAGCUGUAGAAAGUUGAUCAUAUGAAGCAAUCGGCUCUCUUCAGAAGACUUGAGCCGCCUUUCCACCAUCAGGCCAAACCGUUCUCAUUGCUUAACCAUUCCAUUCUCUGGUGAUCUGGAUAAAAUUGUAAAUUGAAAAAAAUAACUUAAAAUCUACAUGUGUUUACUGCAUCAAUUUGCAAAACAGAAAACUAACUACAAAAUUUUACAUUUGUGACAGUAAAAAAGCACCUAGUGUGGACAGAAUCACUUAUCUUUUGUCUACAUUACACACAGCCCAUGCACAAAGUAGGCCUAAGUUAAAAUUAUCAGUACACAGAAAGAUACAUUCACACACAUUAUUUUUUGAUAACUUACCUUAGUAUCUUUGUCCAGUGGUAAAAAUGCAAACAGUCUCUGCUUCUUUUCCCAGCUUCAGCAAAUUCUUCACCAAUUAGCCAGAGCCAACCGAUGUCAGCAAAAUUCAAAACAUUGCUUGUUGCGCAUGCUCUAACUGUCCUCAUUUCUUCUUCUGUGGUUUUGUUGCACAUUAGCAACACAUUAGUGCACUGCUCCUUAUUCUUCUUACAUUAGCGCACUGCUGCCUCUCACUGGUGUAUUCAUGUCAUUGGUUUCGUUGUGGCUACUUGAACAUUUUAAGUAAGCCUCACUCAAAGCAGCAAGUAAACUGUUGUAUUCACCUUGAAAUUAGCUGUAACUUAAUAAACCCUAGUAAGUAAAGCAACUAAAUAAAGACAUCUAAUAAUAUAUAAGUAGGGUACACUAUGCUGUUAUACUGUUAUUAUUGCUGAUUCAUUAAUUUGUUUUCCUGAAAAACUAAACAUCUGAUACAUGUUGAUGAGGUUUUGGUUCAAAGGUGAACCGAAUGACUAUGGAGGGGAUGAGGAGUGUAUUGAACUGAAUUAUAAUAGAGAGCAGUCGGGAUGGUCACCCCUGAACAGCUGGAAUGAUCAGUCAUGCUCUGAGAAGAAGAAAGGGAUUUGUGAGAAAUAGGUUCAUCUUGUCCUGUUCUGGUUUUGCUUCUAUUAUCUGUAAACGCAAUUUAAUCCCUGCCUUAAAAAAAAAAA